AUGGAUGUUGAGCAGUUGCCAUUUGAUCUGGCAGACGAUGUCGAUUUCCGGUCGCCCCUUACGGCGGGCGUCCAUUGGCGUAGCGGAGAGCAGGAGGUUAGAGUGGGUGAUAGUAAGCACGCAUCCCUGCUCGACUCUGUUGGUGACUGCAAAUGCUUUCAGGACUGCCCAGUUGUCGAUGGCGCAAGCCGGCGCUCCAUCAUGAAUUUGGUGCGCAAUUUGUGUGAAGUGAUCCAGACUUCCACAUUUCAACGCGAUAUCACAGAGGCUGCCCCGAUUAACGGUGUCGAGGAUCUUUGUCAGACCUAUGGAGGUGAUGUAGAGGUCGGUCCUCAUUUCCCGACAUUUUUCUGCAGUUGGCGGUCAGAGAAAACAAUGACCGCUGCUGGAAGCGAACAGGCGAGUUCCAGGAAGCAGUUCAGGAGAACACGAUGCGAUCACUGGAACAAGAAGUUUACUGGCCUGACGUUUCGGAUUCUCGCUCGAACCCAUGUGCCAUGAAUGCAGAUUUUGUCCACGAUCGUAUUGACUCUCCAGGAAUUUCUCACUUGUGA